GUGGGGAGAGAGGGAGUGUGUGGAGAUGCUCUGUGUGAAAGUUCCCGGAUGAAGGUGUAACGCCAUCUUUACUCCACCAUUCAAGUCGCAGCUGUUGCUCGCGUAGGCCUGCCGGUGAACUCACAAUCCUCCUUUACUCCCAAUAUCUCACAAAACACGCUCGCCGCGCGCUGUCCAACAUGGGUGACCGGGAGGAUUUGGUGUACCAAGCCAAACUCGCCGAGCAGGCGGAGAGAUAUGAUGAAAUGGUCGACUCCAUGAAGAAGGUGGCUGGGAUGGAUGUUGAGCUAACAGUUGAAGAGAGAAACCUGCUCUCUGUGGCCUACAAGAACGUCAUUGGGGCGAGAAGAGCAUCCUGGAGGAUAAUCAGUAGUAUCGAGCAGAAAGAGGAGAAUAAGGGUGGAGAGGACAAAUUGAAAAUGAUUCGGGAAUAUAGACAAACGGUUGAGACCGAAUUGAAAUCAAUCUGCAAUGACAUCCUUGAUGUAUUGGACAAGCACCUAAUCCCAGCUGCAAAUUCAGGAGAGUCCAAGGUCUUCUACUACAAAAUGAAGGGCGAUUACCACAGGUAUCUCGCGGAGUUUGCCACAGGAAACGACAGGAAGGAGGCUGCAGAAAACAGUUUGGUUGCUUACAAAGCUGCUAGUGAUAUUGCAAUGACAGACCUUCAGCCUACACACCCUAUUCGCUUGGGUCUGGCUCUUAACUUCUCCGUAUUCUACUAUGAAAUCCUCAACUCUCCCGACCGUGCAUGCAGGUUGGCAAAGGCGGCAUUUGACGAUGCUAUUGCUGAACUGGACACAUUGAGUGAAGAAAGCUACAAGGACUCGACACUCAUCAUGCAAUUGUUACGUGAUAACCUGACACUAUGGACUUCAGAUAUGCAGGGAGACGAUUCCUAAAGGAAAAUGUUAAUUGCCCACAAACUUUAUUUGUGAGGAACAGAAUAAAGAGGCACUGCAAGAUGUGGAGGACGAAAACCAAUGAGACAACAAAGCCAAUAUGAGACUCCACCCCACUCCCCCUCCCCUUCCCCAGACCCCCUCACAAAGGGAGCCACCAAGCCCAACCUUAUGAGUGGCGCUCAACAGCUUGAUGCCUCCAGUUUUCUCUCCCUUUGUUUGAUUUUUAAUAUUAUUCUGUUUUAUUAGCCCUUAAAUUGAAAUAAAAUAUACCACUCAUGAAACAAACUUCAA